AUGGAAGACAAUGCUGGCUGCACGCAGCAAUCAGCGGCAGCUAUGGACCAGUCGCCAUCCAUGGUCUCCCCCGCCUUGACUUCCCAUCAGCCCUCGGUCCACCAGCAGCAUGUCACCGCCACGAGUGCAUCAACUCCUGCCUCUAGUUCUCGUAUGAGCACCACCUUCGAGUUCUCGUCUGCCCCUUCGGACGAUUCUAUGCCUUCCUUCGACCCCACCAUUGCCGCCUUCACCGACAUGUCUUUUACCCAACCCUCGGUGCCCUCGACAAGUCUCCAAGACAGGGGCUCCUUUACCCCCGUGUCGCGGCAGCCCCAGUGCUUUCGCAGGGCAGACCUCGGCUCGCACGAUAAAAAGCGCAUCAAGGUCGACCCCGAAACCCCGGCUCUCGACUCCAUCGACUACUGGAUCCGAUUCGACGACGACUUCGACAAGAUGGGCAGCUUCGAAAUCGACUACUCCAAGCGAAACGACCCCACGGGCCAGAAUGGGCCAGGCACGGCAACCAGUACGAUGCCCGGCUUGGGCAGCGGCCUUUACUCGACGGCCAUGGCCCCUUUCAGAGAAGAGGACUUUAUCGACGAUGCCGCCUUUGACGAGCAGGUUCUCUCCGACGAUGAAGACAUGUUGGACGCGGCACACGCCGGCGAUCGACCCCCAGACACGGGGAACCGGCACCAACACCCCGAUUCCGCUCCCGCUCCACUUCCGCCGCCUCAGCCUGAGAAAGGCAUGCCCAGCUCGAUGCCCAUGGCUUGGGCCAGCAGACCUCAGCCCGGCCUACGGCUGAACCCGGCUUUGGAGGAGACUCCGAGGCAGAUGCGCCGAGACAUCUGGGGGGGGAUCCCUCGCGGCAUGAACCUGGUCCUCAGUCCCGAAGAGCAACGGCAUCUCCUUGAGAUUGCGCUCAACUCGGGCCAGAUGCCAGCCAGUUUUAUUCCCCCCAACGGCUUCGGCAUCGGAUUUGGCGCCGGCUUGGGGCAAGCCAUGGUCCCCGGGCCUUCCUCUCAACCCGACGAAAGCCAAGAGCCGGCUGCGCUGAAAGACCUACCGAGGCGUCCCGCAGCACCCAGGUGUGGAUCGUCAAAGAAGCCAUCCGGGCACGCGGCGACGGACACGAGUAAGCCUCGGUCGGCCGACAGAAUCGCCCACAACGACGUCGAGCGAAAGUAUCGGACCAACCUGAAAGUCAAGAUUGCCGAGCUUCGAGACGCCGUGCCCGCGUUGCAGUCGCCGGUGCCGGGAACAGAGGCAGCCGAAGGUCCCGGGCAACAGGGCGGCCCAAAAGUGAGCAAGGGCACCGUCUUGACAAAGGCGACCGAGUACAUUCAGCAGUUGGAGCAGCGGAACAAGGCCAUUAUGCUAGAGCACCAGCAGCUGGCGCGCCGGCUUCAGGCAUUCGAGACGCUUUUCAACAGCGCCAGCAGGCAGCCAGAUCUAAUGCCCAACCCCAGCAUGACGCUCUUCGAUCCGAGGGGCUUCUGCUAG